CACAUCCCACCAUCCCCAUCCCCCACCAUGUCUACCUACGCUCUGCCUGCGUCUCACAAGGAGAUGCUCGAGAAGUCUCUCCUCGAGUCUGACCCUGAGGUCGCCGCCAUCAUGAAAGACGAGGUCCAGCGUCAGCGCGAGUCCAUUGUUCUCAUUGCCUCCGAGAACAUCACCUCCCGCGCCGUCUUCGAUGCCCUGGGCUCCCCCAUGUCCAACAAGUACUCUGAGGGUCUGCCCGGCGCCCGUUACUACGGCGGCAACCAGCACAUUGACCAGAUCGAGCUGCUGUGCCAGCGCCGUGCCCUCGAGGCCUUCCACCUCGACCCUGAGAAGUGGGGUGUCAACGUCCAGUGCCUCAGCGGCAGCCCUGCCAACCUCCAGGUCUACCAGGCCAUCAUGCCCCCCCACGGCCGUCUCAUGGGCCUUGACCUUCCCCACGGUGGCCACUUGAGCCACGGUUACCAGACUCCCCAGCGAAAGAUCUCCGCCGUCUCUACCUACUUCGAGACCAUGCCCUACCGUGUCAACCUGGAGACCGGCAUCAUCGACUAUGACCAGCUCCAGCAGAACGCCAUCCUGUACCGCCCCAAGGUCCUGGUCGCCGGUACUUCCGCCUACUGCCGUCUGAUUGACUACGAGCGCAUGCGCAAGAUUGCCGACUCCGUUGGUGCCUACCUCGUUGUCGACAUGGCUCACAUCUCCGGUCUCAUUGCCGCCGAGGCCAUCCCCUCUCCCUUCAAGUGGGCUGACAUUGUCACCACCACCACCCACAAGUCCCUCCGUGGCCCUCGUGGCGCCAUGAUCUUCUUCCGCAAGGGUGUCCGCUCCGUCGACCCCAAGACCGGCAAGGAGACCCUCUACGACCUUGAGGACCCCAUCAACUUCUCCGUCUUCCCCGGCCACCAGGGCGGCCCCCACAACCACACCAUCACCGCCCUGGCUGUCGCCCUCAAGCAGGCUCAGACUCCUGAGUUCAAGGCCUACCAGGAGAAGGUCGUCUCCAACGCCAAGACGCUCGAGGUCAAGUUCAAGGGGCUCGGCCACAAGCUUGUUGCCGAUGGCACUGACAGCCACAUGGUCCUGCUCGACCUUCGUCAGUUCAACCUCGAUGGCGCCCGUGUUGAGACUGUCCUUGAGCAGAUCAACAUUGCCUGCAACAAGAACGCCAUCCCCGGUGACAAGAGCGCCCUGACCCCUUGCGGUAUUCGCAUUGGCACUCCUGCCAUGACCAGCCGUGGCUUCGGCGAGAAGGACUUUGAGCGCGUCGCCCAGUACAUCGACCAGGCCAUCAAGCUCUGCGUCGAGAUCCAGGCUUCUCUGCCCAAGCCCAACAACAAGCUCAAGGACUUCAAGGCCGAGGUCACCAGCGGCAAGGUUGCCAAGCUCAGCGAGCUCCAGAAGGAGAUUGCUGCCUGGGCCAGCAGCUUUCCUCUCCCCGUUGAGGGCUGGCGCCUGGAUGCUGGCAUCUAAGUGCAAGAUGCUAGCAACCAACUGGUCUGUCCAAGGCACAAAAGAUACCAAAAAUUUAAACAAUACGUGGAGAAUCAAAAAGAUUGGGUCCACCGGGGCAUUUAACAUGGGAUGGGACAAAAGCCAAAAUCGGCGAAAGGUUCAACAACUUUGCAAUUUCUGUUUACUUCAUGAGGGCUGGCGCAUGCGUUUUUUCUUUUCCACUUCAACUGGAACUGAGUGGUAGGCAGGGAGGAGUUUUUGUCUGGGUACAUUACGGGAGAUUCGAGGGACAUACUACAUACAUACAAAGGCCUUUUGCUUGCUGUUGAUCUUGGUAUCAACGGCAAUUCAACGUCGGUCGGUAUUGGGUGUCCUAUCCUGCUUCAACAAGUAGGCGAACUUUUACAGGAAU